AUGCCUCCACCUAACAAGCGCAAUAAGCACGCACGAAACUUUAACCAAAAGACUGACGGCUCCUUCUACAAGCUCAAGCAAAAUCGGAAUCUACCGUCGUCUAUUCCAGUACCGAAGAUGCUCUGGCUUGUACUGCGAUUAACCAGAGAUGCAAGAGCCUACAAGGGAGAGACAAGGGAAGAAGCUACCUACACACCGCAGCGAAUGCAAAGCAAAUUCUUUCCAGUCACGAUCUUCCCUGGUGUUGAGCAAGCUCUCACACAGUACACGUCUUCUCUGCCGCUUAAUCGACCCACAGUGGGGCGUCCUGGGUGCCCUGUCCGCAAGCAUUUGGGUAUCUUCCGCGCAUCGGGCCUCCCUGUCCUGACGACCGCCACCUACAGCCUCCUUCCCAUCGGGAGCACCGCUGUAUCGGUCAUCCGCUCCAUGGGGCUUAUAUUGGAAGCCCCCAAGGUUUGGACCAAGCAACGCACCUGGAGAAGGGCGGAACAACUGAUGUGCCUAGACCGUAUUCCCCAGACGAACGGCGUCAAUUUGAGCGCCUUCUGUUGGAGUUUCAAUGUCGUGGAGGGUCUACACGGCGUUGGAUCGGACCAGCACGGGCUUGCGUUCUGGCUCCCACGCGUGAACGCCAUAAUCAUGGAAACCUACGACCUUGUGAAGCCUCUGGCCUUCCUGACGCUUUGCUACACGCGGUGGAACUCUAUGCAGGCGUGUUUUGCCUCACAACUGCGUGUCAAGACUGGACUAAAGCAGUUCGCAACUCGAUAUCACGAAGUCGUUCGUCAGCGCGAUCGCGAAGCCAGCAAGCGCGAAGGGCAUGGUGAUGACGAAGUUGUCGAGGAAGAUGGUGAUGGCAAUAAGUUUGUGGGGCGAAUUGUUAAAUCGGCCGAGCGUCCGGUCAAAUGGGAUAGCUGGUUGCAUGCGGCACCCCGAAGAUCAGUGGGAUUCUCAAUCGAGGCAGACGGUGGCCUGACUGUAACUUCUACAGACAACUCGGCCACCCAGCAGCCUGUCCCAAAUUGCUCUCCAGAAUCGCAAUGUCCGCAGUUUCUCACCCACGUUGUCCAUCAGUUGCACGGCCAACUCGGCUUUCACAGUCAAAUCAAAACAGCCCAAGUGCUCGGUGUAGAUCAGUUUCAACGGAGCCUCGAGUUCGACGCGUAG